GAUUAUAUAACCGUAUUUAACAUUAUAUUCAAGCAAAAAGGUUUAUUCUAAAUUCAAUAAACAACCUGGGAAUCGCCGGAACACAAAAACUAGUAAGAAAAAUAAAUUGGAGUACUAAAAAAAUUUAGUUUGGCUUAAAGUCCUAUUCUAAAUCAAACUCACCAAAUAAUAUCUUUCUGACCAUCAAAUUAACCAAUUACUAAUAGUAGUAAAAUAGUUUAAUUCCUGUGCUUUUAAACUCUUCCCCCAAUUCCGUCCAAAAAAAAAAAAAAAAAAAAAAAACAAAAAAACUCUUCCCCCAAAUUUUUAAACUUUAAUUCCAAGUUCAUAAUUUUUUUUUAAAAAAAGUGAUCCUUAAAUUUGACAUCUUACCGACAGAUAGACUAACCAGACUUUGCUCACAAAGAAAGUUCCUCUCUACUUGCUUAUGAUUUAAUAAACCGUGUUCAUUCUAAUCUGACGGUCCAUAAAUCAUCUCUAUUUCUCUUUAAAUUAUUUGUUCAAUUUUUCAUACAAUUCUUUCUUCUUGAUUUUCCGAUCUUCCCAAUUUUUAUCAGUUGACCCUCCUCAGAUCUAGCCCAAAUUCCUCAAUUUUUUCUACACAUUCCCUCCUUUUCUAAAAUCCCAUCAACCCAAAUUCACGAUUUUGAGGAUAUUUCUCUUGGAUCUGUCAUUCUGUAAGUUCAAAAUCGUUAAAGUUCUAAUCUUUAUGGUUUGAUUCAUUCAAUUUUGUUAUAUAAUCAUAUAAUAUAUAGUUUUUUCAUUAUAAUCGCUAGUUUAUUGUUGAUAUAUUAGACAAUGGCUAGUGGUUAUUCAGCUGUUCCUAGAGAUAAAUUUGUGGAAUUACAAUUGCAAAAUCAUGAUACAUCAUCUCUUAUACCAAUUACUAGUAAUGGGUAUGUAAAACCACCGAAUGUGGUUGAUGGUAAUAUUGAUAUUGAUGAUUCUGAAUUUGAUAAUUACCCUAAUUAUCCCUUAAUUGUCGGUGGUAUUGGUAAAGGGUCUGGGGUUCCUGGUGCAGUUUUUAAUCUGACUACUUCGAUUAUUGGUGCUGGGAUCAUGGCUUUGCCGGCGGCAAUGGGGGUUCUGGGGUUAGGUUUAGGGAUGGUUUUGAUAGUUGUUAUAGGGAUUUUGUCGGAGAUUAGUGUCGAAUUGCUGGUUAGAUUCGCGGUGCAUUCAAAAGCACUGUCGUAUGGAGAGGUUGUUCAGUUUGCCCUAGGCCGUCCUGCGAGGAUCUUGUCCGAGAUUUGUAUUAUUAUAAACAAUGCAGGGGUUUUGGUUGUUUAUUUGAUUAUUAUUGGUGAUGUGAUGUCGGGUUCGUAUCAUCAUGUUGGGGUUUUUGAUCAGAUGAUGGGUAAUGGGGUUUGGGAUCAGAGGAAGCUUGUGAUAUUGGUGGUUUUGCUUGUCUUUUUGGCACCGUUGUGUGCGUUGGAGAAGAUUGACUCCUUGAGCUUGACUUCAGCUGCUUCAGUUGCUCUUGCGGUGGUCUUUGUUGUUGUGACAUGUUCCAUUGCACUUGUUAAGGUUGUUGAAGGGAAGAUUGAUCCUCCUAGGUUGACACCAGAUAUUAGUUCUAAUAAGGCGAUUGUGAAUUUGCUUGUGGUGAUCCCAGUGAUGACGAAUGCGUAUGUUUGCCACUUCAAUGUUCAGCCUAUUUAUAAUGAGCUUGAUGGGCGCUCUCCGCAAAAGAUGAAUCAUGUAGUAAGAAUCACAACACUUGUUACUGUAGUGGUUUAUGGUUUUACUGCCUUCUCUGGAUAUUUGCUUUUUGGGAAGAACACUGAAUCUGAUAUUCUCACCAAUUUUGAUACAGAUCUUGGAAUUCCCUACAGUGCUGCCCUGAAUUAUAUCAUUAGGAUAGGAUACAUUCUCCACCUAGUUCUUGUUUUCCCAGUUAUUCAUUUCUCACUACGGGAAGCAGUUAAUGCCUUGAUUUUUACCCAUUCAUCUAUUUCAGAUAGUAAGAAAAGGCUUUACAUCCUAACUAGUGUGUUGUUGGCCUUGCUUUAUCUUGGUUCUACAAUGAUUCCUAGCAUUUGGACUGCAUUCAAGUUUACGGGGGCAACAACAGCAGUAUCAUUAGGUUUCAUAUUUCCAUGUCUUAUUGCAUUACGGUUGGAUGGGCAAGGGCAAAGUUUGACCCGUGGAGAGAAGUUUUUCUCAUGGACCAUGCUGGUAGUGGCUGCAGUAGUUGGUAUCAUUGGUGUGAUUGGCAAUGUUUAUGGACUACAAGAUCAUUCUUAGUUGUCUUUUUUACGAAUUAGGUGUCUUUUAGUUGAUAUUCUUUGGGGGGAUAACGAAGAGACAUAUACAGGUUAGAUCUACUUCUGCUGCGGGAAUUCGAGGGACCCCUGGAAACAGGGAGUGUACUGUUACAUUAAUGAGUUUGUCCAUAUGUAAAUUGCUCCACAAUGGGCCACAACAAUUGUUUAUCCAUCAUUGCAUCAUGGAGGUUGAUCCAAGGAUAGAUUUUUGCUCGAUAAUUCAGGUUGCGACUGAUUGCACACAAUCAGUUUGAUGGCUUGACAUAUGAAGGGGGAGACUUUCAUGAGAACUGCUGUAUGUUCAGGGAUUUGGAGGCUCCAUCAGUUUCACUUCAAUGAGUGAAGCACUUAAACUCUUGGGAGCUCAGAUUCAGCUUUUACUUAAUAGAAAAAUGUUCUGCACUUUUGUGGAAUACUGUCAUGCUAAAUAUUGGAUGUUCGGCUGUUCGCUAGAUGGUUUGGCUAUUGGAUGUCAUAAAUCAAGCAAUGAACUUUCUUCUUGUUGCUACCCUGGUAUGAUUUGUUUAGGUUAAUGGCACUCUUACUGGACUGUAUUUUGGACUGAUCACAUGUAGAAAUAAUUGGGAACUGAUUGAUGGAAGGUACUUAUUGACAAGCAAAACAUUGUUUAGGAUUCUUGACGAGUUUGGAUGGACGAACUGUAAUGUUGACUCAGAAAUUAUGAUGCUGAACAGCUUAUGUCA